AUGGAUGCAAUUGCCUUUGAGCGACUCGGAGCAAAUGACUCACAAGAGCUAUUUGAAAAGAUCUACCGCCUGAGUUUGGAUGACAUAAGAGAACUGGCAAGAAGUCAAUGCGAGAAUACCAUCAAGGUAUUCAAUUGUAUCGGAACAUAUGCGUUCAAUGAUGAGGACUUAGUCGAUCCCGAGAACCCUUCGACCAGCAACAGAGAGCAUGUUGUCAGGGAGCUGGUGGCAGCAGUGAAGAAUCAUGAUUGGGAACUUGCAGAGCAUAUCUCGCUGGAUUGGACUUUCGAUAAGGGAACGCUCCAUCCAGCACUAAUGUACUAA